AUGCGUCUCCACCUCCUCGCUCUCCCCGCGACGGGUUUGGCCCUGGUGGGCUCCCCCAGUGGUUCUCAGGCGGACACUGUCAAAGAGGCCUUCUCACAUGCGUGGGAUGGCUAUAUGAAGUACGCGUUCCCCCAUGAUGAAUUGCUCCCGCUGUCCAACGGCUAUGGCGACUCGCGCAACCACUGGGGCGCGUCUGCGGUCGAUGCCCUGUCCACUGCCACGAUCAUGGGGAACGCAACCAUUGUCACCCAGAUCCUAGACCACAUUGCCACGAUUGACUACUCCCAGACCGCCAGCACCGUUAGCUUGUUCGAGACCACGAUUCGAUACCUGGCUGGGAUGCUGUCCGGGUACGAUUUGCUCAAGGGCCCUGCUGCGGGCCUGGUGGAUGACAACAAAGUCGACGUGCUGCUGGAGCAGUCGAAGAACCUGGCCGACGUCCUCAAGUUUGCCUUUGACACUCCGUCCGGAGUCCCAUACAACAAUAUCAACAUCACCUCCGGGGGGAAUGAUGGAUCCCCCACCAACGGAUUGGCUGUCACGGGCACCUUGGUGUUGGAAUGGACACGUCUGUCGGACCUGACUGGGGAUCCGGAGUAUGCGCGGCUGAGCCAGCGGGCGGAGUCGUAUCUCCUGCACCCCCACCCCGCGUCCAGCGAGCCAUUCCCGGGCUUGGUGGGCAGCUCGAUCAGCAUCGAGACCGGGAACUUCACCGACGGCUCUGUCAGCUGGAACGGAGGCGACGACUCGUUCUACGAGUACCUGAUCAAGAUGUACGUGUAUGACCCGAAGCGAUUUGGCGUUUACAAGGACCGGUGGGUGGCGGCGGCCGAAUCGAGCAUGAAGUAUCUGGCUUCGCACCCGGCGACUCGCGCCGACCUGACCUUCUUGGCGACCUACAACAACGGCGAGUAUGGGUUGAGGAGCCAGCACCUGGCUUGUUUCGAUGGCGGGAACUUCAUCCUGGGCGGAAGCGUGCUCGGGCGCGAUGACCUUCUGGCGUUUGGCGUGGAGCUGGUGGAGUCCUGCCACGAGACUUACAAUGCGACGGUGACCGGCAUCGGGCCGGAGGCCUUCAGUUGGGAUUCCGGCGCAGUGCCCCGUGCGCAGGCGGCCUUUUUCGAUACGGCCGGCUUCUGGAUCGAGAACGGCGCGUACAUCCUGCGGCCGGAGGUGAUCGAGAGCUUUUACUAUGCGUGGCGCAUCACGGGGCAAGAGGAAUACCGCGAGUGGAUCUGGAACGCCUUUGGGGCGAUUAACAAGUACUGCCGCACGCCGUCUGGGUUCGCCGGGCUGACGGACGUGAACGCAGCCAACGGCGGGUCCCGGGAUAACAACCAGGAAAGUUUCCUAUUCGCAGAGGUGAUGAAAUACAGUUACCUGGCAUUUGCCCCUGAUGACGAGUGGCAAGUCCAGCGAGGCGGCGGAAACACGUUUGUGUUCAACACGGAGGCGCAUCCCUUCCGCAUCAGUACGUAA